GGGGCGUGGCGGACGGGGGCUCCGGAAAGUUCCGAAGGGGCGGGGCGGGAACAGCCUCCGCUGCGGCUGUGUCAGUGUCCGGCUGUCCCUCCCCCCAGAUCGGGCGCAGCAUCCCUGACAUGGCGUCUGCGCGGGAGGAGGGAGUGAUGCAGAGAUAACAUAUCUAGGCACCAUAAAUGACUGUCUAGAGGAGCAGCUACUCCUGGAACCCACAGGGAGAGAGACAAUUGUAGAUUUAGUCCUAAGUGAAGCACAGGAUCUGGUCCAAGAGCACCUAGGAGUCCAAGUCCUGGACCAGAAUCCUGUUAUGCUAGUACAAACACAGAAGAAAAAGUCUCUGCCUCACUAGAAAAAGAUUUGGAAGAGGUGAAAGAGCUCCUGAAAAAAGCCACAAGAAAAAGAACUCAUGAUGUCUUGAUGGCAGAAAAGUACAAGCUAGAGAUGGAAAUCAAGAACCAGCCACCACCCAAGCUAAAAGAAGAUACUAUGGAGGAAGAGAAACCACCAGCUGGGGGAUACACAGUGAAAAUCAACAGUUAUGGUUGGGAUCAGUCGGAUAAGUUUGUGAAGAUUUACAUCACUUUAAAUGGAGUGCAGCAGCUUCCAGCUGAGAAUGUGCAGGUCCACUUUACAGAGAGGUCAUUUGAUCUGCUAGUGAAGAAUCUCAAUGGCAAGAAUUACUCCAUGACAUUCAAUAACCUUCUGAAACCCAUCUCUGUGGAAUGCAGCUCAAGGAAGAUCAAGACGGAUAUGAUCCUUGUAUUAUGUAGGAAGAAACGGGAGGAAAAAUGGGAUUGCCUGACUCAGGUGGAAAAAGAGAGCAAGGAGAAAGAGAAAGCCUCUUAUGACACCUCAGACCCUGGUGAGGGGCUGAUGAACCUUCUGAAAAAGAUGUAUGCAGAGGGAGAUGAUGAAAUGAAAAGAACCAUUAACAAGGCCUGGGUUGAAAGCAGAGAGAAACAAGGCAAAGGGGAUAUGCCAUUAGAUAUUUGAAACUACUCCAAAGGCUGCCUUGACAUGGACCUUCCAUAUGGGACUUUUGCUGUGCUGCAGAGAUCAGUUCUACAAGUGCAUUGUUUACACAACCUUCUUCCAAGCAAAGACACUUACCUGUUUUCCAUUUCAGGUUGGAGAAAAUAUUUAAAUAAAAUACACUUAUAAAGCAUUUCUUUCCAUCAAGUGGUUUCCUCUUCCCUGAGGAGUAGGAAAUAUUUGUAUCUCUUCCCUCCCCUUCCCCCUAAGAGCUUUUUAUUGUUCUGCUCAUCCGAAAUGUCUGUAAAGCUGAUAAUUAUGCAAACGUAAAAAGAAAAAUCCUAAGCUAUUGUGUGCUAGUCAACGUGUCACUUGGUUGCCUUCGGCUAUUUAGUUCCUAGCCCUAAUGGGGCAAAAAUCAGCUCAAGUGACUUUCUACAUGCAGGAAGCAGGAGAAACUAUCAAACAAACCUCAAAAGGACAGACGUGUCUAAAUUGCUGAAGCCAGCUUAAUUAUAGGUGUGGAAUCUGCAGCUUCGACUCUAGUUACUAGCUUACUGCGCUGGAAAGUAGCUCUUGCCUGCCAUUCUUUACAAAAGGGCAAUGGCAAGAACCCUAUAGAAAGCAUGCUGAGCAGAUACCUGUUGCUAGUCAAGAGACUUGCUUAAGUGCACCCAGGAAAAGCUGAAUGUGACAAGCUUACCCAGCAUCUGCCUGUGGCAGGCAAUCCACCCAUUUUUCCAACCACCUCCCCAAAAUGCAGGAGCCACGGCUGAGUAACAGCAGUGCAGUUAGUAGCCAUAGAAAGGAAAGAUGCAAGAACGUUUGGACUAGCACAAGGCAGAAGCGUAACUACUCUCGACCCUUUGUAAAGUUCUUGAUCAUUGACAGGAAGGUUCUGUACCAAACUAAUGAAUUACUAAGUUGCUAUAGGCAUGACCGCCUUUCUUUAAAAAAGGUGGUGCUGUCUACUAGAGUACAGUACAACUGUUGACUUCCUCCCACCCUACUUUGAGAUGGUUAGGAGCCUACAGGUCAACAGAACUAAGCCUUAGCCCCCAGGUUGGUUAAUGUGGAAUUCAUUGUAGCUUCCUGUAUUAGCAACAGGAAGCUGCUCAACCAUUGCUGCUAUAAAAAAGGAGCCUCUGCAGGCUUGGCAACUGGCAGAAUAUGGGUAAAAGGUAGGAUUGAACACAUGCUCCUCCCAGCAAUGUGAAGGAAUCACAGAAUAGGAAGGGGG